CGCUCCUCCAUUUCCUGUUCGUCCGCAGCCAUUUGUCUCCUGGCGUGCAGAGCUUCGCUAUCGAGUCGUAGGCGGCGAUACUCAUCGCGUCGAGAGUCGUGCGCUAUAUCCGGAGCGAUGUCUCAGGGCCCACGAGGUAACGCAAGGGGUCGGCCACAGAGAGGAGGCCCCAUGAAGGGUUUUCGGAACCAGUCCGGGGAGCGCUUUCACGGGGGCCCUCUGGACAACCAGGGGGGUGGCCACAGGGGGGCACGGGGAGGCCGAGGCGAACCCUACUUCCAGGGUCGCCAGGGAGAUGAUCGUGGCUACGGUGGUGGCGGCGUAGGGGGGUACGGGCGGCGGAACGACGGCGAUGGAGGACCUCCACGCGGAUCGUACGGCAGAGGCCGCGGCGGAUACAGCCGUGGUCCUUCUUAUCCGUCGGGGCCGCAGGGCGGGCGACGUCCGGAUGGCUCUGAGUAUCAGCAGGACGAGUGGCAGGAGUGGAAGCGCCCGUACCCCAACAAGCGGCGAGGCGACGAGUUCGCAGGAGGUCCGCAGAGCAAGGUUCCUCGCUUUGACUACGGGAAAGGAGCUUGGGCUCAGAUGAACAGGGACAUCAUGCCUCAGUAUCAGCACAAAGCGAACCGGUAUCUGCAGUUCUGCUCCCUGUGCACGUUCAACACCAACGACGACAAAGAGAUGGACGCACACAUGGAGAGCCGCGAGCACAAGGCGUCGCUCAAGAUGAUCGACAAGGGCUUCCCGCAGGAGAAGAAGCUCUCCCUCUAUCUGCACGAGAAGAUUAAGGUGCUGAACAAGAAAAUCGUCAUGAAAAAGGAGCAAUGGGGGAAGGAGGCGGGGCACGCCUACACACCUAUCGAUCCUCUCAAAGGUUUCUGGUUUCCAGACUGCAUGCUGAGCAUGAAGGUGCUGCGCUGCCCCUCGUGCCGCACUUACAUCCCUGCCUUCGAGAAGGAGCUGCGCUCUCACCUCGAGUCCGCGCGUCACAUCGCCAACGUCAAGGCAUCUCUGGAGAUGAAACUGAACAAAGUCAAGUACAUUGCCAAGUGCGUGCUGACCAAACCCAACGACUUCAAGCGGUACGAAAAGUAUUUGAAGGGGGAAGAUGCUUUCUUGGAUAACGAUGACGAGGAGGGACUGGGCAAGGAGGUGGCAUCCGAGACAUGGGGCGGUGGGGUCAAGUCGGAAGGCAUGAAGAAGUCACAGGGUCCGUCGAAGAAAUCGCAGGGCGCGUCCAAAGCGCAGGCCGCGUCCAAGGCGCAGGGCGCUUCCAAAGCGCAGGGUUCGCAGAAGACAGAGGGCAAGUCGGACAAAGAGAGCAGUGCCACUGCCACCUCCUCCUCCGCUACGAUCACGACGACGACGACAAAGAGCAGGCCGCAGGCGGUAAAGAAGGAGGCGGAUGUCAAGAGCAGGCCGCAGGCGGUGAAGAAGGAGGCGGAUGUCAAGAAGCAGAAGUCGGACGUGGGCGGGGAGGAGAAAGAACAGCACGUGGAGAAAGAGGAGAAAGAGCAGAAAGAGGAGCAGGGGGAUGAGGAGGAGCAGCGGGAAGGAGGAGAGGAGGGAGAGGGAGAUGAGCACGAGGAAGAAGAGGAGCAGGGGGAGGAAGAAGAGGACGAGGACGAGGAGGAGCAGGGUGAAGACGAAGAGGAGGGCGAUCACGGGGAGAAGGAUCAGGAAGAUGAACAAGAGGAGGAGCAGAUGGAGGAAGAAGCGGAGGGUGAGGAAGACGAUUUAGAGGAUUUGGAGGAGGUUGAGGAAGAUGCAGCACAGGAUGAGGCUUAGGGCCGAGAAUCCUGUUGCUCGUGAGGCUUACCGUGGCCACGCCUCGUGCCGCUUCCAAGCGUGGAACAAAACACGGGGGCUGUCAAGUUGCAUGGGCCGGUGAUCUUCCAGACCGUUUGGCCACCAAGGACGAUGCGGGGUCAGAGGUCAACCGUGGCUGCUGACCCAAGAAACUAACUAUUUUUUAUUUGACCAGGUAAGGCCCCCACUGAGCUAUGGAGCUCUUUGUCAGAAGCGACCUGGCCACAAAUGAUGGCUCAAGAAAGGAGCUUAUCUUGUGGAAAUUUAUAGCAGCCCAAAUGCUCAAACACGUGCUCCUAAACAGCGGCUGUGAACGAUUUGGUUUGUGUUUCUCGUUAGUUCGGUCUCAAGUUCGGCUGCCGGCCCGGAUAUUAUCGAGUACUUUGCUGAAGCAUCCUAAAGGUGGAUUUUUUUUAGCGAUUGUCAAUAAAUGUAUUUUGUUAAAUUGUCAUGAUUGGCGCACUUCGGUAUUAUAUAUAUGUUUGGGUUGCGUUCUUUUAACGCUGAACGAAAAAUGAAAUGUAUUUUCCCCGUAAUGUCCCAUAAUAUCACCUAAGAAGUAGUUUAUGACCGAAAACUUUCUAAACACUUUUGAACGACUUAAGAUUUUCAUAACUGGACAGGCAUUUAAAAACAAACGGCGUACACUAUAAUUUACUAAACCAGAAGCUUUGUGCAAGCCGUGCAAGCUGAUUGGUGUGGGCAUGGUGGUUACUGGGAGGGUAAGGACGGGGAAUUCGGAGCGCACAGUCCAGAGCCUGGUGGACUGGACAACAACUUGAAGUACCAUGAGGUUCUUUGGGUUAGAUUGUGUAAAAAUAAAUGUUAAACACGCCACCACCCGACAGCCAAUUAGUAAGGUUUGUCACAUAAACAGAACGUGACCAAUUCGUUACUAGUACAGCACACCGGUGUAUUGGAGAUUAAACCCACAACAUUUGCAAUUGUAGUACGAUGUUUCGCCAGUAAUUCCAACAAGCAUCAUCAGGCGACAGAAUUGUGGAGAAAUCUUGUUUAGUUAAAUAUUUAAAUAAUGCCGUUGGUCGCGAAAGCCUGCGUGUCCAGCUUGAACUACGCUUGUUAACAAGUGGUGAGGAAACGCGGUGGCGAGGCACGUGGCCUGGAACGCUAUAAAAUGCACGCACGGACAAACGACGUAACGUGCAUUUAGUGGAGGUAUUUUUACUCUUUGGGUCUUACGGUAAAGUCACAUCGAUAGAAAAAUAAAAAAAAUCACGUUUUAUUUUUCUACGUGAUUUUACCGAAAGACCCAAAGAGAAUUCCUGCAGUCACGAAAGCUUUAAGUCAAGUAGGUAUUGUUUCCCCCCCCCCCCCCCCCCCAUCAAAAAAUAUUUAGAAAUGUUUACCGUAGAUGUUGGGUACAGCCGCGUACAAGAAUAACUAAAUUGAGGACUGAACGCCAUCGCCGCCCGCCCGACAAUUGACAACCGGGCGCCACAGAUCGAAAGCAAUGGAGGUGUUGGUCUGGCCAAUAUUUACAUUGACCUUGAGUCAGUCCCGCUCUCAUCCUCGGACAUGGUAAGGUGGACAUGCCGAGCACUGGCUAUGCCCCGAACAACCUUGUGGCCUGUUCUGCUGUGGUCUGAAUUCAAAGGGAGUUGGGAGAAUGACGUCACAUCCCUGAGAGGGCUGUGUGAUUGGUGAAUCCGGGGUUUCAUCACUAAAUGCAUAAUAAACUAUGUAAAACA